AUGGCCGACGGCCAGGCGAAGGCGCGGGGCCGGGGCCCGGCAAUGCCCGCCGCCGCCAUGGGGUCGCGCGUGGCGCGCCGCCUGCUGUUCCUCGUGCUGCUCUGGGGGUUGGUCAUCCUGGCCGUGCUGCACUUCCGCAGCUCGCACGUAGCCAUCGCGGGCCGCCAGCUGAGCACGCAGCUCGGCAACUUCGUGGGCAGCCGCCUGCUCCUGCAGAGCAUCGGCCACGGCGCGGGGGCGGGCCCCACGUUGCCCGCCGCCGCCCUCAACGGCGUUGCCGUCGCCGCCGACGACCCCGACCGAAGCUGCAUGGCGAUCAGUCUCAAUGAGCAUGCAGCAAAUGAAGUUCCAAUGGCACGCAGCAUCCAAUGUCUUAAUAUUCUCAGAGCAACUACUGCAUGCUUUCUUUGUAAUCAGAAGCACAGAGGAGAACCAAGAAAACUGUGUAUAAGACUACUCAGUCGCUUAUCUGAUAUUAGGUCCUUCAAAAGCUCUGAUCUGCGAUCUCCCAAGGACACUUUGAGUUUGGCAGGAGAUAUUUUGAAAAGUUUGGACUGGAGUACAAAAGGACAGGAAACCGUUCAAAUUUCUUUUGCCAGUGUUUAUAUAAAGGUUUUAUCCAAACCAAGCUUAAUGGUGGCAGUAUCGCCUCUUGUGCAGCAACCAAUGGAACACGCUGUGAAAUAUGUACAUCUCUUUAAGAAAGAGCAUACCAAAAAUGUGUCAGUAGAUGAAGUAGAACACCUCAGCUUUCCAGAACUAGUUCUUAAAAGUUUGCUUCUGAGCAGCAUCGACAACUUCGACCUAGGAGAAAGAAAAAUGAGAACUGAGUAG